CCGCGGUCAUGUGACCCGUCCAAGAUGGCUGCCGGGGAGCGCCGCGCCGCGCCCGCCGCGGGAAAGGAGGAAGACUUUGAGAUUAUUGAUAAAAAACAGCUCCCUGACGCGGCUGAGCUGAGGAACGAGGAGAAGGCGAAACCGGAGGAAGCGCGAUGGUCUGCUCCGAUCUUAUCUCUGGCCAGGAAAGCCUCGGAAAACUUGGCGCUGAGCUAUGGCAGCGCCCUGAAGUCCGCAUCCCUGGUGGGAUUGGUGUCCAAGCCCGGCAGCAGUGACAGCCCGGCAAAGACAAGUACACGGUGUCACACCAUGGAGGAGCGUGCCAACCUCAUGAACAUGAUGAAGCUCAGCAUCAAAAUCCUCAUCCAGUCAGCCCUGAGCCUGGGCCGGACCCUGGACUCCGACUUCCCACCACUGCAGCAGUUCUUCGUGGUGCUGGAGCACUGCCUCAAGCACGGGCUCAAAGUGAAGAAGACUUUUAUUGGACAGAGCAAAUCGUUUUUUGGUCCUUUGGAGCUAGUGGAAAAACUUUGUCCUGAGGCAUCAGAUAUAGCAACUAGUGUUAAAAAUCUGCCAGAGCUGAAGACUGCUGUGGGCAGAGGGAGGGCUUGGCUUUAUCUAGCACUCAUGCAAAAGAAACUGGCAGAUUAUCUCAAAGUACUCCUGGACCAUAAGCAUCUGUUAAGUGAAUUUUAUGAACCUGAUGCACUGAUGAUGGAGGAGGAAGGAGCAGUUAUUGUGGGUCUGCUGGUUGGACUGAAUGUUAUUGAUGCAAACCUCUGCUUGAAAGGAGAAGACUUGGACUCCCAGGUUGGAGUGAUUGAUUUUUCCUUGUACCUUAAGGAAACACAGGACACUGAUGACAAACAAGAUGGAGGGAUUACAGCUGUCCUUGACCAGAAGCAUUAUGUGGAAGAACUGAAUCGUCAUCUAAGUUGCACGGUUGCAGAUCUCCAGAACAAAAUAGACUGUUUAGAAAAGACCAAUUCAAAACUCCAGGAAGAGCUUGCAGCAGCUACUGACCGAAUUGGAUCCCUUCAGGAAGAGCAGCAGCAGCUAAAACAACAGAAUGAAUUAAUUCGUGAACGGAGUGAAAAAAGUGUAGAGGUAACAAAAGAGGAUACAAAAGUAGAAUUGGAUACUUACAAGCAGUCACGCCAGGGUCUCGAUGAAAUGUACAGUGACGUUUGGAAGCAGUUGAAAGAAGAAAAAAAAAUCAGGCUGGAACUAGAGAAAGAGUUGGAGCUACAAAUUGGAAUGAAAACAGAAAUGGAAAUUGCCAUGAAACUUCUGGAAAAAGAUACUCAUGAAAAACAAGACACUUUAGUUGCCCUUCGCCAACAGUUAGAAGAAGUGAAGGCCAUUAACUUGCAGAUGUUUCACAAAUCCCAGAAUGCAGAGUGUUCAUUACAACAGAAAACAGAAGCAAUAUCCUCUUUUGAAGGAAAAACAAAUGAGAUGAUGUCCUCUAUGAAACAAAUGGAAGAGAGGCUGCAGCAGGCAGAGAAGGCCAGGCAGGCGGCAGAGGAGCGGUGCAAUAAGAUGAAGCAGGAGCUGGCUGGGAGGCUCGACUCGUGUCGGCAGCAGAUGGCCCAGCUGGACAGCAAAUGCUCAACUCUGGAAAAGGAAUUAAAAUCUGAAAAGGAACAGAGACAAACUUUGCAAAAAGAACUGCACCAAGAGAAGGAUGCAACCACUCUGCUUAAAACAGAAUUGCAACAGAUGGAAGGACUGAAAAAGGAACUGAGAAAACUGCAAGAUGAGAAGCAGCAGCUGAAGAAGGUCCGUGAGGAGCAGGAGCAGGCUCUUCAGGAAAUGGGUCUUCAUCUCAGUCAAUCGAAGCUGAAGAUGGAAGACAUUAAAGAAGUAAAUAAAGCACUAAAGGGUCAUACAUGGCUGAAGGAUGAUGAAGCAACCCACUGCAAGCAAUGUAAAAAGGAAUUCUCCAUCUCAAGAAGGAAGCACCACUGCAGAAACUGCGGGGACAUCUUCUGCAACAGUUGUUCCAGUAAUGAACUCGCGCUGCCAUCGUACCCAAAACCCGUCCGUGUCUGUGAUAAUUGUCACACAUUACUGCUCCAGCAGUGCUCCUCUAACUCCUCCUAAGGCUCUCCUGCCCUUGACUGAGCCACUUUAACAUUGGAAAGUAGCCAUUAUUUUUUUAAUUCUGAAUUGCAGGUGUCUUCUGUGCAGCAGACUGGACUGGCUGGUCUCAUAAUUUCCACUGUAAGAGCAGUGUAAAUUAAUUUGUAGGGAUUGUGCAAGCUAAUGCUUCUCCAACUGAAAUAAUUAAGAAGCUUAUAUCAACUGUAAUUUCCCCAAGAGUUCUAUUUGAAACUAAGAUUCAUUUUUCUGAUUUUUAUAGGUAUUUGUAUUAAAAUUUGUAUAUGGUAUUUCUACAUUUAUUUGAUCCCUGUAGAUAUCAUUGUCUCUCUGUACAUGAACUUAAUUUCUUUACCUUCACUGUAGGCGCUCCUGUGUGCUCCCCUGUCUCAUGUACAGUUUUGUAUUUGCUCUAGUCAGCCAGAGAGGAAAAGGUCAAUUUAUGAAUUGUCUAUAGAAAGCUUUAUAAGUAGAGUGUCAAUGAAUGUGCCUUCAGUUCACUGCGGAGUCAAAAGCUGCACAUUAUACUUGUUCUGGAAGUCGCUGUGACCACAGUGCAGUAGUUACACAAUAAAGUCUUUUGCAAAAACUGAAAGCAAGUUCUAAUUUUUAACACCCAUCAUUCACAGAUCCUAGAAGAGAAUGUUCUUGUCCAGACAGGCACAUCCAAGGUUUAAGCUGAAGGUACCAGAACGUGUCUGGGAUACCUGACCAACGCUGUGGCAUUCCUGGAAGGUACCAGGUGAAGCCACUGCCCUGCAGCUGGAACUGCUUUUGCCCUUUUGCAGAAAAGAAGUGGCAGUGACUCCAGUUCACUGUGUCCACCCCUGGGACAGAGGGGAGCAGCUGCUGCCCAGACCCAGGGGCAGCAGGUCCCUGUUCUGCCAGGCCUGGGCUCUGCUGCACCAGGGAUCCCAAAGCAGUUUUGUGUUCCUGUGCCAGAGCACAGGGCUGUCGCCUCAGCAGCAGCAUGGUGAAGGCAGCCCUGGCCCCAGCAGCCCCCACAGUACCCGUGAGUGUCCCAGGUUCCAGAGAAGCUCUUUGACCAAGUGAGCUUCUUCCAGAGGCUCCGUGUGAAACAGUGCAAACCUGGGGUGAUCCCCACUCUGACCCAGCUCUAACAGAGGCACAGCAGGGCCACCAGGCCACUGAGCUGGGCUGGCAGCAGGUUGUUUUCAUGACAGCCAGCCAUGGCGGCAGUACCCAGUGCUCAGAAUUCCACCCUUACAGCUCCUCUGCUACAGAACAGGGCGCUUUCCUCACUGUAGAUAGGGGCUAUUGGUUCUUAACACUUCAGAACAGUUUACUAGGAAGGGCAAAUACUAUGGCCACUGCACAGAAGCAAAUUCUGUGUCAUUUCAGGGGAGGUGCAGUGCUCAAAAAGCUGUAACUAUGUUGCUUACAAAACCACAUCUUUAAGCAGGAUAUUUGUCAAGUUGUAUUUAUUGAAACAGUUGCAGUAAGCUGCUGAGUCCACUGAUGCCUACAGGAAAGUACAGAUCACCUCUCACCGCCCCAGUUCUAGCACCCAGAGCCCCUGCACAUGGCACAGCCAUGCAGGGCUUUGAACCAAGGCCCCGUGGACACCCCCAGCAGCAGGGGUGGUGCCCCCCAUGUCACUGUUAACACUCGCUGGGUCAGGGCUCUGGGAGGGGUCAGUGCUCAGCAGCUGCUGGGCAGGAGCACAACACUCACAGAGAACGUGGGUGAGGAGUGUGGUUACAAGAAGCUAGAGGUCAAGAAGGAGUGAGUUCCAGUUUUUAAAAGGAAGAUUUAUUUAACAAGUUUCACUUAGCGCAAUACACCUAAAAAGGAAAUCACAAUACAAUGAAAGAUUAAAUCAAGGCCUCAGAAUUUUAUACGAACACCAAGACCAAAAUCCUAAAGUAGCCGUAUUGCGUCUCAACAUGUUUCCCCCAUUAACUUAAAAAAAAAAAAAGCUUUAACAUGCCUUACAGGAUAUUAAAAGAAAUAAACUAGAACUAACAU